AUGUGUGUCCGCGAGAAUGAGCAAAGAAAUAGAGAAGUUGGUUUACCACAGUUCCACUUAAAAAGGGAGAGGAUUGAGAUGCUGAAGAGGGAAGUGGGAGAGUUGAAGGAAGUGAUUGAAGGAAAGAAGUACCUGUUGCAGAGCUACAAGGAACACAAGGCAGAGCUAUCCGUUAAGGUCAAGGAACUGCAGGAGAGAUUGGCCUCUCAGAGCAGUAACAGUAGUCAAUCCCCACCCGUCGAUGAUCCCUAUGACUACAGCGGCGAUUUUUUCAGCCCUUCGAUGGGCAUCGCACUUGUCGUCAUCAUAGGCGUCUUCUUCAUCUUAGGCUUCAUCUCCAUCUUCAUCAGCCGUUGCAGCUUGCAGGGGUGUGAAAGUAUUAGCCUUCAAAGUGGAGAAGGUGGAAUGUCAAGAAGGGGAAAUCGAGGUCUCGACCCCGCCGUGAUCGAUAUUUUUCCAACCUUCGCCUAUUCAUAUGUGAAGAGUCACAAAUUGGGUAAAGGGGCUUUGGAGUGCGCCGCAUGCUUGAACGAGUUCGAAGACGAAGACACGAUUCGAUUGCUGUCCAAGUGUGACCAUGUCUUCCAUCUUCAGUGUGUUGAUGCUUGGUUAUUUAAGCGCACAACCUGCCCAGUCUGCCGGGCUAACCUCGUUCCUGCAAUUAAGGAUGGAGAAAUCCCACUAACUAAGGAGUCUCGACUCUCGAGACAGUGA